AUGCAGACCACCCACCCCCUGGUCCCAAGACCUGCGCGAUCAGGCCCAGAUGAUCUCGACGCCUUCCAUGCAGCGCGGAUCUCAGUGGUUGGGACGGACCCCAGCACGACAGUCAUCAAUCUAUGCGACGACCCCAGACUCGACUCAGGGUUGGCCCAAAACCUGAGGUCCGCCCAACCCCCAGGUAUUGCGCCUCCUGAGCGACUCAGCCUGUUUGAACCAUGGACAGUGAUGUUACGAGUCAUGUUGCUGCUUUCGAGUCUCGUUACGGCCUUGGGGUUGACAGGACAGGUGGACACGAAAAUAUCUGGGCGAGAUGCGGACGUGACGGAACUCUUCUCUGGUAUUGUCUCCCCAGAUACAGCCAGGGCAGCAGCUCAAGAUCAAGUGCUCAGGAGACAUGUCGAGGAUGCCGUCGACAUAGUAGCCGACCUAUCAAAGAUGCUCGCAAAAAGAUUCCAAGAUGUCCCCGAACUUCAACAAGCGAGCCUCAGCCUCGAAAGGUACCGGAAUAGCCUCUCGCAGAGCACAUCGGGUACAAAGACACGUCGUCAAGAUGGAGGCCUCCUUGGAGGAUUGGGUGGCCUCUUACCUGGCAGUGGUACAACAACCGCCGCCCCUGGGGCUACUGAUCCGGCGGCAGCGGGAGGCGGCGGUCUCCUCUCAGGCCUUACCGGUGGGAUCUCAUCAGCCCUAUCCGGCAUCGGGAACUCCCUCCUCCAGGACGCCGGUGGAGCCAGUAUGUUCCUCGGCAUCGGCCUCGGUGCUGGCGCAGCGCAAGGUCUCAACGUCGCGCCGGCUCCCAUGACACAACAAGUCGCUGCCAAGGUCGCUGCUGACAACAAUAUGAACGCGACGGGCCUCAACCCGGCAAUACAGAACGCAGCCAUGGGUGCCACUGCUUCCUUGCUAGGCUCUGUUAACGUGUCAAGUCUCAUAGGGGGCGCUGGUGGAAGUCUCGACCUUAAUGGCCUGGCACUCGGCGCUGCUAACGGCUUAGGGAACGGCGUGUCCUCGGGCCUGAAGCUAUCACCACAGGCAAUGGCGAUGGAGCCGCCUCGUGGCAACAACACAGCAGACAUUGCAAACACUUUUACCUUCGCACUGAGCAAGACGCUGGCAUCCAACGUGGAUACGUCGAAGCUAUCUGCUAAUAGCAUUAACAUCUCACAAUUCACUGGCGGUGUCCCGACAUCGCAGAUCGCCAUGUCCCUGGCACAGGGCAUUGGCAAUGGUGCUUCCUCGGGCCUCAAGCUCACCCAGGCGGCUCUCGCUCCUCCGACUGGAAACACUGCCUCUGACGCUUUGGGAGCGUUCGGCUUCGGGUUGACCAACAGCUUGACGAGCAACCUCAAUACCACAAGCUUGACGAGUGGCAGCGCCUUGCAAAACAUAAACAUCAACCAGAUAAUCCCCAACCUCGGAAUGACUGCCAUGAGCUUCGGCACCGGCCUCGGUAGUGGUGCGGCGGCGGGUCUGAAAUUAUCUUCCGCCGUUGUCGAUGCACCUAAUCCAAAUGGCAACGACGCUCCUUCGGUGGCGGGCAACUUUGCUUUCGGCCUGACGAAGAGCGUAACCGAGAACGUUGACUUGAAGCAGCUGACCUCUGGCAACUCGGCGUUGGCAGGUGCGGCGGGUAACAUCGAUGUCGGCCGGGCUGCUCAGGGUGUCGCCAUGGGCCUCGUUCAGGGCGCAGGUGAUGCUGUCAACAGCAUGGGCGGCCUGCAGGCAUUGAUCAAUGGUACUGCCACGAUGCCACCACCAGGUGCCAUCCAGCCGAACACGCUCGGGUUCAAUGACUCGGUGGGUGGUGCCGCUAUGGGCCUUGGAACAGGUCUGGGUGGCCAAGGCACGCUCGUCGGCGUGCAGCUGUUGUCGCAGCUGAACGUGACAUCUCUGGUCCAGGGUCUCGUUGGGAACAACACCGGCUCUGGCACUGCUGGGGCAAGUAAUGGAACUGCCUUGCCUAGGCGGAGUGUCCAUCAGGUGCUCUCUAGUGCGGUCCUGCCCCGCCAAGAGUCUGGCGUGACGACCGUCAGCAAUGGCAAUAGCUUCAACUUGUCUGUCAUCUUCAAUGCAGACACCAUCUCUUCUGUCUCCCAACGGGUUGUCUCUGCUCUCAGCUGUGAGGGAGUCGGCGGCCUGGUGCUUGUCGCUCUCGGUCUCCUGAAUAGUGGGACCAUAUCGACAAAUGGAGUCACGACUGGAGUGAACGUCACUACGCUUCAGCAGGUGGUGCCUAAGGGUCUGAUUAAAAUCACCAGCGACGGGAACCAGUAUGCCAUCGACGGCCAGAAAGUGAUCGAUAAUCUUCAGGGCAAUCUUCUCUCUGCUGCAGAUGGUAUCAGUAUCAAUGGGAACACGGCGAUUCGUUUCGGGGCGUUCCUAGCCCUCCACAUUGUUAUUGCCAUCUCGGUGUUCUUGAGCGUGAUUCCGCUGAUACUCAGCCUUGAAGGCACUCGUACCCUUCUCUUGCGGCUGAAGCUUGAUCACAUCCUUCCUAAGGCUUCGCGUUGGGCAAAUAUUGGGUGGUUCUGGGUCAUGGGUCCUGCGACUUUAUUGAUACUCAUCUUUGGCGCCUUGACUGCUGGCACCGCUGGCCAUAUGCGGACGACACAUGGCAUCCUCGGCCUUAUCACCGUCCUUUUCACCCUCGGAGCCACAGGCUUCCACAUUUUCAACAAAAUCUUCAUCUCGACCAAAGCCCCCUCCAGAGACUACCAAGUUUCUGUCCUGCCUGCACCUUUCACCUUCUUCGACAGACGCACAAUUCGCACAUUGGUCAAUCAGAUCCUUCUUGGACUCACGAUGCCGACCGUGAUCAGCGGCUUUGCGGAUCUGGGCUCCGUCACGCUGUGCAUCACGCGUGUGGUGCCUUUCGAGGCCGCCUUUGCCGUUGCGUUAUCUCUAGGGGCGCUAUACAUCAUUGGAAGCAGUAUUUCUCUGCUGAACAUAUUCCUCGCUCUUUUUGACAUAAGACAGGCCAAGAAGGAGGCCAAGGAUAGAAGAGACGAGGAGAAUUGGGGCAAUAAAACGCUCAAGGAGAAAAUACAGUAUGUCGGGCAGGGGUCUCAUGUCAAGAUGGAGGGACGGCCUGAAACACUCAUGAAGUGA